AUGGGGCUGAGCGGGGCUCAAAUAGCGGAUGUGUGGGAGGCGAGGAAAUCGGCGGAAGACACGGUGCGGCUGGUGAACCGCGUGCUUGAUCUGUCCAAGCUUGAGGCGCGCAAGAUGGCGCCCUGCUGUGGGCCGGUUGAGCUAAGGGCUUGGCUGGAGAGCGUUGUUGCGGAGAACUACUGGAGGGCUCGCCAGAAGGGGAUUGAGUUGGUGGGAGUGGUGGAUAUGAACGUGCCUUUGGAGUUGGAGAUAGACGCCAUGAGACUCACGCAAGCGCUGCAAGAGCUCCUAGACAACACGCUUCACCACACCACGGAGGGCCAUCUGCUGCUGCGAGUGGCUGUGUGCCCCGCCUCCACCCCUCUAGAGGACGCCCUCCGCCAUAUCAUUGUAUCUGAUGUUCCAAUCCAGCCAUGCCCUCCUCCUAGCCCCUCUUUCUUCGCCCGGGCUACUCACUUCGCCACCAUCCUCACACCACGCUUCACUCAAACUCGCUUAAAGCCCUGGACUAAAGCAGACGUUGCAAGACAGAGUGUAGCAACGGAAGGGAGAGCAAUAGUAGGAGCAGCGGAAAAAACAGCAGGGGAAACGCCAAGGGAGGGGGAGCAAGUGAGGGAGGGUCUUGGAGGGGAGGGGGGAAGUGAGGGGUCUCGGGAUAAUAGUGGAUGGAGUGGGGAUGGGGAGGAGGAGGGUGUGCGGAUGAAGUGUGGGAAUGCUGUUGAUUCACUCACAGGGGGUGGGGGGGAGCGCAUGCAGCUGGUGGUGGUGUGUGAGGAUACCGGCUGUGGCUUCGAUGCAUCCUUUCAAAGAAACCUUUUCGAGUUCAAGGGACGGACAGAGAGUGGAGGAGCAGGGCUGGGUCUGGCUCUCAUGCACCAACUGGUGACCCUCAUGGGCGGCCAUGUGGCCUGCCUAUCUCAUCCCGGCAUCGGCUCAACCUUCGCCUUCUCCCUCCCCUUCUCCUCGCCCCCAUCGCCCCUUGCUCCUGCCACGGCCGUUACUCACCCUCCCGCUACUAUCACCCGCGGCACUCCCAGUGUUCCUGAGCAACCUUUGGGUUUGAAGGAAGAGGGUGAGAAUGGAGGGGAGGAUGGGGAGAAUGGAGGGGAGGAUGGGGAGAAUGGAGGGGAGGAUGGGGAGGACGGGGAGGAGGAUAAGAUUUGGCCGGAGGAUAUGUGGGGAUGUGGCGCAAUCCUGAGACAUAGGAACAGACUGAAUCGCAACAGCAGCAGCAGAAGAAACGGGGGAGUGGGACAUUUAACGGCAGAGGGAGGGGGGCUGCACGAGGGGCAGAAGGGGGAGGGGGAGGAGGGGAUGGGGUGUGUGUUGGGCUUGGAAGGAGUGACUUUUGGUGUGAUGGGCAGUGAUGCGUACAGGCAAGAGCUCACAGCGCGAAUCCUAUCUGGACUCGGCGCACAGGUGCAUUUACUGCCACACCCAGCAGCAGCAGAAGCUGUUGAGAGUUCUCAAACGCGACUGACAUCUCCAACUCCAUCUGGACUUGGCGCACACGUGCACUUACUGCCACAUCCAGCACCAGAGGCGUCACAAAGGAAUCCUAUGACUCAUAUGCGAGAGGCAGCGGGAAGCAGGAGUGGGCAUUCUGCACGGGAAGUUAGUGGAGGGGGGUUCCUACUGUCUCAGCAUUCUCUCAACACAAUUCAUGUGGGGGAAACGGUGGGGAGCAGUAGCAGGGAGUCUGGAGGAGAGGUUGGUGAGAGGAAAUUAUUAUCAUCUCCCUGCCAGUCCCUCUCCACGAGUCAUGUGAGGGAGAUGGUGGAAAGAAGUGACGGGGAGUUUGGAGGAUGGGUGAUGAGUUGGUUUGGUGGGAAGAGGAAGAGAGAGGAAGAAAGGGGGGAAGGGAGAAAGGGAAGGGAGGAAGAGGAGGUGAGGGAGAGCCGGCCUUGGGUGGUGGUGAUGGAGGGGGAAGAUUUAUGGAGGCUGCAUAGUGAGGGAGGAGGGGAGGUUACUUGUAAGGUUGCAGCAGGGACAGGCAGCAGGGAGGCAGCAGCACGGCAGGCAGGUGUGCAGGCGUGGAGCAAGAGAGGGCCUGUGGUGGCGCUGACGCCGGCAGGGGCAGGCAGUUGGGAGGCAGCAGUGUGGCAGGCAGGUGUGCGGGGGUUGAGAGGGGUGGAAGGGAUGGAGUGUGGUGCUCUGGUGGUGGGUGUGGUGGUUCUCACAGACUGCUCUGGGGAAGAGGCGAUGGGGGAUGGGGGGGAAAGGAUAGACGAGGAAGAGGAGGAGGAGAAGUGGGAGGAAAAGAGUGAGGAAGAGGAAGAGGAGCGGGGGGACAAAAUCGAAGGUGAGGAAGAGGAAGUGGAGGAGAGGAGCGAAGGAGAGAGGAUGGAGGUCCAAGACACAGGAGUUGGAGAUGCAGGGGGUUUGACUGAAAUGCGAAGAGCACCUUUUUGCCCCCUCGCAACUGCUCUUGCCUCAUCCACUCACACUGCCUCAUCAACCGCCUCUGCAGCCUCUGCCACAUCUGAUGCUGCUGCUGCAUCUGUGGCCUCCGAUGUUUCUGCUUCUCCUUCUGCUUCUGCUCCUUGUGCCUCUGCUACAAUCCCUCCCCGGGUGGUCAUCUGUCGCCGCCCGUUGCUCUCUCACCAUCUGCACCAUGCCGUUCAGCUAGCAGCAUUCGGUCGCACCCACCUCACUGGGGGAGAGGCGGGGCCGGAUGACACGGAGCAAGCCGGACAUACAGAGUUUCUUUCUGGGGUGCGUUUAGAAAAGGAGUUGGGUAGUUUUGGGGAGUGUGAGGCAAAGGAGAAGGGUGCAGAGGUGUUGGGAACGAGCUUGGGUGCGCUACAGAGUGAUGAUUCCAGCAGCGGAGGCAACAGCGUCAGCAGUAGAAGAGGAGAUGGGACUGUAGAAGACACUGGAAGGCCUGAAACAGCAGCAGCAGCAGCAGCAGGAGCAGAAAAGGCAGCAGCCGCACCAGCUGCUGCCUCCCUGUCAGGCGGGGAAGUGCAGCGAAGGCAUAGGUCGCUGCCGGGAAAGGGGUCGAGUGCGGUGCCGCAGGGUGCGGGGGUGCUAGCGGGGGUGGGUGUGCUGGUGGUGGACGAUGCGGCGGUGAAUCUGGUGGUGGCGCGCCGCACUCUCACUCGCAGCGGCGCCACCGUCGCCACCGCAGGCAGCGGGGAGGAGGCGCUGUGGCUAGUCAGGCACGCCCUCGGUCUGGGGGGGAGCGCACACCACGUGGAGCCUGGCUUGAGUGGCGUUGCAGAGGCGGUGGACGGGCAUGUGGAUGUGAUUCUCAUGGACCUGCAGAUGCCCCUCAUGGAUGGUAGCAUUCCUUUCCUCAUGCCCGUUUCUCCCACCUCCAUCCGCCCAUGCUCCCGUUCCUUGCACCCCAGCUUUGCUGCAACAGAGGCCAUACGAGCGUAUGAGACCACCAUAGCGCUUCAAUCCACAUCAGCAGCAAACGCGACCAGCGAAGCAUCGGCGCAGCUCCUCAUAGUGGCGCUGACAGCAGAUGUGGAUGAUGAGGUCACGCGGCGAUGCCUUGCUAGUGGCUUUGAUGGCAUUAUGCAGAAGCCUGUCGACCCGAAGCUGCUCUCGCAGCUGCUGCUGCGCAUGAAUAGCAGGCGCAGGCUUGGAUACAGGCGCAGCGCUUCACUAGAUGCUGAGGCAGCAGCACCCUUCAUCCAUUCUUCCCCUCCUCCUCUCUCCCCUUCCCACCCUCCCUCUCAACCACUCCUAACGGUGCCAGCUGCGUCCCCUGAUCGGCACUUGGUGGUAACAGCAUCAGGCCCGGACAGGCUGGGCAUCGUGUCGACGCUGGCGAAGCGGAUCCUCGAGUGCGGCGGGAACGUGGAAGAGAGCCGCAUGGCGCGACUGGCAGGCGACUUUUCCAUCAUCAUGCUCAUCCGCGUCGACGCCACGUCGCCCCGGAUAGCGGAGGACCUUCGGCUCAAGCUGCUGGAAGUGCAGGGGCUGCAGGUGAGCACGCGGUGGACGGUGGACGAGCGCAGUGACGAGACGGCACCCAAGCGCAAGUUCCGGCGGCUGGUGCUACGAGGGGCCGACAACCCGGGGCUGGUGUACAACGUGACUGAGUACCUGUCGUCUAAGAACAUCAACAUCGAGAAUCUAGAGACAUUCACAGAGGAGGCGCCAUUCGGAGGCACCAUGCUGUUCCUAAUGGAGGGGGUCAUCGCCAUGCCCAUCCGCCUGCCCACACGGCAGUUGGAGAGGCAGCUGGACGCGUUGCAGCAGUCGCUGGGAGUGCAGAUAGAGCUGCUGAACCUGGACCCUAAAGACAUGGUGGAGGACUGGAGGGUUGCCCACGCGGCAGCUGGACGCAUUGCAGCAGCCGUUGGGAGUGCAGAUAGAGCUGCUGAAUUUGGACCCGAAAGACAUGGUGGAAGACUGGAGUUGGAGCGGCAGCUUGACGCGUUGCAGCAGUCGCUAGGCGUGCAGAUGGAGCUGCUGAAUCUGGACCCUAAAGACAUGGUGGAGGACUGGAGGGUUGCCCACGCGGCAGCUGGAAGCAUUGCAGCAGCCGUUGGGAGUGCAGAUAGAGCUGCUGAAUUUGGACCCGAAAGACAUGGUGGAGGACUGGAGUUGGAGCGGCAGCUGGACGCGUUGCAGCAGUCGCUAGGCGUGCAGAUGGAGCUGCUGAAUCUGGACCCUAAAGACAUGGUGGAGGACUGGAGAUCCCCCUGUCAAUCCCCUGCCAUUACCCAGCCAUUCCCCUUGCCAUUCCCCUGCCUUUCCGCUGCCACCCCCUGCCUUACCCCAGCCACUCUUCCUGCCAUCCCUCCUGCCAUCAUCCUGCUAUUCCAAGUGGGAACGGGGAAAACACUUGCCUAG